AUGAUCCCUUUUUAUCCAUGUUAUAAAAUUCAUAGUGGAAGAAUGAGUAAACAAACAAUAAAUAUAAAUCUUCUUAAUGAACAUUUUGUUUGUAAAUUAUGUAAUGGAUAUCUAAUUGAUGCAUGUACUAUUAGUGAAUGUCUCCAUUCAUUCUGUCGUACGUGUAUUGUUAAUUAUUUUAAAGAUGAUGAAAAUAAAACUUGUCCAAUAUGUAAUUGUAUUUCUCAUCCUGCUAAACCUCUAUUAUCAUUAAAAAAAGAUCGUAAUUUACAAUAUCUUGUCUAUAAAAUUAUACCAAAUUUAUUUAAAAAUGAAAUGUUUAAACGACGUCAAUUUUAUUCUCAAAAUAAUUUAACAACAACAACACAAUUAACAAGUUGUUUUCCUGAAGAAGAAUUAGGUGAAUUAAGUGAAACAGUAUUGAAAACAGAUGAUACAACCGAUUUAAUGAAUGUUUUAAUUGAAUAUAAUGAAAAAGGAAAAUUAUUAAAUGAUGCUGAUCUUCUUAUUGACGACAAUAAACAACAAUCUGAAUUGACUAGUAUAAAAGCUGAGCUACAUCAACUAGGUGAAUUUAAUAAAACAAUUGAUAAAUCACUUCAUCAUCAUUAUUUACAAUGUCCAUCAAAUUUACCUAUAGGUAUACUGAAAAAAUUUUUAAAAAAAUCAUUAUAUUUACCAGAUAGAACAUUUCAUUUGACUAUUGAUAUUAUGUAUGAUGAAUUACCAAUUAAAGAUCAUUUUACAUUAAAUGAUAUCGCAAAUAUAUACGGUUGGCGACGAAAGAAAACAUCACAAUUUCAUCUGUUUUAUAGAAUAAGAAAAAUAAAUCGUGAUGAUAUUCUUGAAGAAAUCGAUGAUGAAACAGUUUUUACAAAUGAUAAACAACCAUUAGAAGAACCGAUAGAAGAAAUACCAUCCAGUCUUAGUCCAAAAAUAAAUUCAAUUAUUAAAAAUACCAACGAAGAACAAGUAGAACAGCCAGUUUUACAAACAGGUUUAGCUACAGAAAAUUUACCAACAACAUUUAUGGUUAAGAGUCCAUGUAAAAUAAAUCCAUUUUCAACUCCUGUAAAAAAAAAAUAUAAUCGAUCAAUCAAACGAAUUAGUAGUGAACAAAAACGACAACAACUUAGUAUGAAACCAAUAACACAACCGUUAAUAAUGCCUCGUGGUGCAACAUUACUGAAACUACCAGCUAGUAUGAUAUUAAAAAGUAGAUCAAAUAUAUAUAAUUUAGCAACAUUGGAGAAUAAAAUUGAAACUAAAUUAGAUAAUGAACAUAAGUCAACAGCAGCAAUAAAAACAUAUUAUUCUCAUACAAGUAACGAUUCACUAACACCUACAUCAUUCAAUGGUCUAAGUUCUUUCCUUCCUGUAACACCAUUAUCAAAUUCAUAUUGUAUUAGUCCAAAUAAAACUUUAUUACAAAAACCAGAACAACAACAAUUACAACUGUUUGAAAAUGAAAUUAUACCAUUGAAAGAACAUAAUGCAAUAAUGCUUCGUUGUAAUACAGUUACACCUUCUGCUAUUGCGACACCAAUCAAUUAUACAUUAAAUUCGAGUAAAGCAACAGUUCUUGAUCUAUCAAAACAUAAUAUUGAUAAUAAUGGAUAUGAUAUGAAAACAAAUUCACAGACAAUCAAACGAUCGAUCGUCGAUGAAUCAUCUAGUGAUCAAAAUGAAGCGAAGAAACAAAAUUUAGGAUCAUCUAGAAACGAAAAACAGCAGACAGUGGUUAAUAUGAAAAAUAUGGAGACAACAUCAAUGAAUAAUGAGUCAGCAGUCAGUUCUAAUUCCGAAAUCAAAUCAAAUGAUAUUGGAGAACAAUAUUUAAAAAACACUAAUUUUGAUUAUUCGAUAAAUAAGAGUGAUGUAUCUUCAGUUGAUUUUGUCGAAGCAACUCCUGAUCAGUCAAUUGAUAAUGCAUACUGUUCAAUAGUAUCCGAUUUUAUUAUUUCAAAAUCAAUUAAUAUGGACAAAGAAGAAAUGUCAUCUUCAAUAAAUGAACGUCUAAAUGACAAUUCACAGUCGAGAAACACUCAUUCUUAUUCCGAUGUGAUCAAAGAAGCAAAUAAAGUAUUAACAGAUAAUCCAAUAUUUACAUCCACAGUAUCCAUUAAUAACAAGAAUUCUGAAAAUGUAAAAAUAUCUAAUAUUGGACGAUCAAUAGUGAAAUUAGUGAAACCAAUUGCAACGGUUUCACCCUUAAAUUCAACGAUGAAUAAUGCCAUUGAACAAAAACCAAAAAAUAUGACUAUGUCAAUCGAUAAUCUUCCGAAACAAAUAUCAAAUGAAACAGUCUCUGCUAAUCAUGAAAUUGACCAAGAGGCUACAAAUAUUGUACCUCCCAUUAAAAAACGACGUACCUCAAAACUAUUACAGAUGGACGACAAAGCAGUUCGAUCAGCUCAAAUUUGUGAAGUAAAUCUCAAAGACGAACCGAUUGACGGUAAAGCAAUUGAACAAACAUCUUUAUUGUUCAACAAAAACGAAGAAUAUGUAAAAAAACAAGACAUUGGUGAUAUGGGUAAAAAGGAAGAUAAAAAACAAGAGACAUUAACCAAAGAUGGAUCCAUCAAACGUACUCAUAAAACAACCUCUUUAGCAAAAAAAGACAAAACAAAAAAAUUAUCUAAAAAUAUUUCACAUAUAAAUGUUGAAACAAAAUCCAAUGUUAUUAAAAAGACAGUAUCGAGUCAUAGCAAUUUGCCUAAUACAUUCUUACCAUCGAAUACGCACGCUUCUAAUCCACAACAUCAACAACAACUGUUCCAACAACAUGCAGCCUUUUUUAACCUGUUCAAUUAUCCUUAUCUUAUUGAUCCGUCUACCGCAAUGAUAAUGAACGCAUGUGAUCCUAGAUAUUUUUCAUCUUCGAACUCAUGGCCACCACCAUUUGAUCUUACACAUUUGUCUCGAAUGCACUCAUCGACAAAAAAUGGUUCUUCAGAUCAAACGUCGAAAACACCACACGAUUUAAAUUCGGUUAGUUUAAAAGAUUUUAUUGAAAAUAAAUCAAAUGUGGCUAUAAAUGGAGUAUCAGGAGAUAGUGUUACACCUUUACAUCCGUUUCAUAAUUCGGAUCAACUAACAUUAUCAACCGACUCACCUACUCCAUUAAGCACACAAGAUAAUCUUCUCUCAUUGACUCGAACAUCAUCAUCAAAUUCAUUUCAUUCAUCUUCUCGUGGAGAAAAUAUUAGAUCAAAACAAAAUCAUUCUUCGAAAUCAAGUCAUCAUUCAUCGCGUUCUUCAGCACUCACACUUCCUUCUAGUUGUUCUGCAAACGUCUUGGUAUCGCCCUCACCAUCCCUUACUACUGUGAAUGGUACUUCGUCCUAA